AAAGACACUGUAAAAACAUAAACUCUCGUAAAUGCUCUCUUGAGAUUGUCUCUUAAGAAAUGAGUCCCGUCGGAGUAUCUGCCCUCUCUUCUCCGGCUAAAUUUCACCGCCGCCGGGAAAAAGCACAGACUUUUACUCCGACCCACUUCCCUAAUCCAAAUGGGUUUCCAUCUCCGUGGAGAAAGUCUCGACCUUUCGCUCCCAAACUCUCCCAAUCCCUCAAUUUCGCUUCCCCCUCUCCACAUCUCCCUCUCAUACGCUCCUCGACGUCUCCUUCUUCCAAGGACUUCCUUCAGAUUCUAGCGAGAAAAGCAGCGAUCUUUCUCGUCGGGUCGUUUGUUUUCCUAGGGUUCUGUUCUUCGAAGCCCGCUUUAGCGCUGCCCACUGCGACUGCGAGCUCUCAAACGGAGCUAGAGGACGAGGCAAUGUUCGAGAAGGUUCUGGAGAGUGAGCCGGAGAAUAUGGAGGCGAUGAAGGCUGUUUUGUAUAAGAAGAUGAGGAGAGGGAAACCUGAAGACGCCGUCAAGUACGUUGAGAAGCUGAUGAAGUUAGAGCCUCGUGAAGUGGAGUGGAAGCUUCUUGAAGCGCUUUGCUAUGAGACGAUGGGGCAGUUGAGUAAAGCUAAGAGAUUGUUUAAGGAUAUUCUCAGAGAUAACCCUCUUCUGAUAAGAGCUUUGCACGGUCUAGCUAUGGUAAUGCACAAGUCUCAUGACUCAUCUGUCUUUGAUAUGCUGAAUGAAGCUAUGGAAGUUGCUCGGCAAGGAAACCGAGUGACCGAGGAGAGAAACAUUCAAGUCUUGAUCGGCCAAAUGCAUAUUGUUAAGGGUCAAUUUGAAGAAGCUCUAAAGAUAUUUCAAGAGAUGGUGAAGGAUAACCCUCGAGAUUUUCGACCGUAUCUUUGCCAGGGGAUAGUGUAUAGCUUGAUGGAUAAAAAGGAGGAAGCAGAUCAACAGUUUGAGAUCUAUUGGAGUCUUGCACCUGAAGAAUUCCCACAAAAGGGGUUUCUUGACGAUGUUGCGUUGGCUGCUCAAGCCAAAUCCCGAGAACGACUCCAAAACACUUUCAAAGCUAAGUUUACUCACGGGAAGUAAAUCAACGGUUAGAUGGUUAUCUUCUCAAAGCUUCAUCAGUUAAAGGCAGUUUUGUUUUUGAUUUUUCUCCCUCUAGAUUCGCGUAGUUAUAAUCAGACAUGAGUUUCUUUGGUUCAGUGUUUAUCUCUCUGGUGUGCGUUUCUUGAUUCAUCUAUUCGACUCUUCCACCACUAUCAACUUUUAAUGUUAAACCAACAAACCCCUGAGUUUAAAAAAUGUAUGCUUCCUUCA